UCGUUACGGUAUGAGUUUUUCCCUUUUACGUUUCAAAGCAUAAUAGAAAAAUUUGUUUAUCCAUCAUUUUAAUUAUUUGCAUUUAAUGUCAUGCAUCAUCAAAAAAAGACUAAGGCCGGAGUGGCCUGUGCAAUACAUAGAAGUCUUCUCCAUUCAACUCGGUCCAUGGCUGCACUCACCAACCACGCAGUCUGCGGAGGGUCCGCAAAUCGUACGCCACCUGAUCGAUACACCUUGCCCGCUGUGCACCUCGCCUUCUGGUUCCCGUCGGAUUGUUGUCGAGAACCUUUUUCACCAGAUUACUGUCCGACAAUCUGGAUACGUGCCCGGCCCACCGCAGUCCUCCGAUUUUCGCGGUGUGAACGAUGGAUGGUUCUCCCAACAGCUGCACAAUGGUCGGAAUGGAUAAAUCUAUAACUC